AUGGUGAUGACAUUUCGUGGCUACAAGGAUGGCCACAAACCUGAUCAUGAAGUGGAGAUUGAACAGACAGAAGGAAUAAACGAAGUUGAAGUAAUAUCGACUGCUAGAUGGGCAUCCCUGGAUCAAUGCGGAAACGUCUAUGGAUCGCCACGAAGAGGGAAAGGAUCCAAAAGGUCCUUACUGGAUACGGAUAGUGAUGAGACUGAUGAAGAUGAUACGUUCGAAGUAACAAAGGAACGAACUCAGAAUUCACCACCAAAAGCAUACAGAAUGACAAAAGGUUGGUCCGGAAUCAACGAAAUCGAUAGCUUUCUGAGCAGCAUGGAAAUGGGAGUUUCAAAGCCACUGCCAGAACCGAUCGAAGAAAAAGAAGAUGAUGAAAUCAUGGUUUGCGAAAAUUCGACAAUCGCUACUGGGGACAAUCAUCAUAGAAGCUAUGACGCACGACAACGUCUUGAUGACACAAUGUCUUCGUGCACAAGGUCAUCACUAGAUACAACGGACAAAGAAGAUGGAUUGUCACUAGAUACGGCCGAAAAGAAAGAGAAAGCUGCAAUGAAACAGGCAAAUGUAAACGCUUCCAAUCCGGUUACCAAAGAGAAACUCCGAGGUCAAGCUGACGAGGAUGCAGAAUCGGGAGCCGUGGCGCUCAAAGCAACCGAAGAAGAGCAAGUCGAUGAACGUAUCAAGGCUACCAAGAAACGAAUAUGCAAGCUUGUAAUAUUGCUGGUUGCUGUUAUCGUAAUAAUAAUUACAAUCCUUAAUGUAAGCUCGGAUAACGAAGAUUCAACCGCAAGACUCAGUCGCUUUAAUGAGACUGGAUCCAAUGAGGUUGGUGAGAAUGCAUCCAACCCACUUGACGAUGGCGCAGACGGAUCGACCCAGCCAGAUGAUGAGGGAGGAUCCAGUCAGCCUGAUAUUCCCACCCAACCAGUCGCCACAGAUGAUGACUACACCAAUCCUGUGAUCACCGUUGAUCCAUCAACAUCGGAUCCUUCUAUGGCUAACCCAUUGAUGGCCAGAAUUCAAUCAAUGUAUAAUCAAUAUGGAUUGGACCCCACUUCUUUAGAUCCUUCUGCUGGGAACAACACUCCGCAACGUCGUGCCUUUUCCUGGUUGGUCCAGGACAAUCAAAACCUGGAUGACUCCACCCAAAUGACACGGUACGCUCUUGCUGUCUUUUACUAUUCUACAAAUGCAGUACCAACUGCCUUUGAUAUGGAUCCAGACUCGUGGCAAAUUGUUGACGGAUGGUUGACGCAGGCAAGCUACUGUACGUGGUAUGGAAUCUUUUGUGAUCUCCAAGGCCGUGUGGAAUCCAUUGAAUUGCCCGAAAACUACUUGACUGGAUCCUUAAAUAUCGAGCUGCGUAUGUUGGAGGAGACUCUGUACCUCAUUGAUAUCACGGAUAACGCCAUUGCAAUGUCCGGGUCGGACUAUGAUGUAUUUUUGAACCUUGUGAACCUGGAAGAAUUGUAUGCUGACAACAACUACUUGGAGUCCGACAACGGUCUACCAUCCCAAAUGGCCUCCUUGGUCAAGCUCGAAGCACUUUCUUUGUCUUUCAACUUGUUAAGCGGUGACUUGUCUAGCAAUUCGGUCCUCCAAUUUAUGCCAUUGCUAUCAUUGCUAGAACUGGAGUCCAAUUUCUUCUCUAGCUCGAUUCCAUACUAUUUUGGAAACAUGGAAAACUUGGUGUAUCUGUACAUGCGCAACAACGAACUCACUGGCGAUUUGUCCUUUCUCAAUGCUGGCCAAAUGAAAAGUCUAUUCACGAUGUGGUUAGACGGAAAUCAAAUCAGUGGAGCCAUACCCGCCAGUAUUGGAACUCUCGACGAACUUGGUUCCCUCUCUCUGACCAAGAAUCGUUUAAGCGGACGGAUUCCUGAUCAACUCGGUAAUCUCCCUAGUCUACAGCGAGUGUGGCUAAACAACAACGAGCUCACAGGUGAAAUCCCAAAGUCUUUGGAGGGUUUGAACGAGUUGGAAGUUUUGGAACUGCACAACAACAAUAUGGCUGGAAAGAUGCCAAAGGGACUGUGUGAUGUCUUUACAAGGGUCACCUACGAAGCCAAGUCCCUUACAAGCGAUUGCACUAAUGGAGACGUCGAAUGCAAACCUGACUGUUGUACCCAAUGCUAUUGA